CCAACCUAUCUUAUUUUGGGCCUUUCACAGUCCGACCUCUGGAGUCCCCCACUUGGGUAACAUUCAAUAUAAGCAGAUAAGAUAAAGGGGGGAGAGAGAGAGAGAGUCUGAAGAGAGAAACCAUGGCAGCAGUUACAGCAUCAUCAGGAUUGGUGGUGGGUCAGAACCUAUGCUUCCUUAAAGCACAGACUAACAGACCGUCGUUCAAGUCGAAGGUGCUUCCAGACCUAGGGUUUGUUACAUCCCAAUUGAGUGGCCUCAAAAUUUCCUACAACAAUCUCUUGACCAAACCCAUCAUCUCUGCUCCAUUCAGGCCAGCUCUUCAGCCUGUGGCUCGUAGAGUGUGCCCGUUCACUGGGAAAAAGACCAACAGAGCUAACAAGGUUUCCCAUUCAAACCAUAAGACAAAGAAACUGCAGUUUGUGAAUCUACAGUACAAGAGAAUCUGGUGGGAGGCAGGGAAGCGCUAUGUCAAGCUGCGCUUGUCGACCAAGGCAAUAAAAACCAUAGAGAAGAAUGGACUGGAUGCGGUUGCCAAGAAGGCUGGGAUUGAUCUUCGCAAGGAGUAGUGGAUUGCGUAUUCGUUGUUUCUAAUAUUGUUGUUAAAACACUAAAUAGUUUUUUUUGCUUUGUCUCAUCUUUUCUGUGGUAUUUCAAUGUUGUGCUAAACCUUUUCUUUUUGGUUCAAAUGAAAAGUUCCAUUGUUUCUA